AUGUUCAUAUUCGCUCUUAUUGGCUACUACCUGUUUGGCUAUGAGACAAACGGAGACGAAACAAACUGGGGGAACUUGGGACGGUCCCUUUUGACAUUGUUUACUUAUAUGACCGUUGAUGGGUGGCUUCCUAUCCAGAAAGAACUGACAGCUCACGGUUUUGUAGGUAGUGAGAUAUUCACCGUCAUCUUCAUCUUUCUCGGUCACUACAUUUUCACUAAUCUAUUUGUUGGUGUCCUCAUAGCAAAUAUUCAUCUAACUACGACGAAAUUCAAAGCACAAAAAAUGACAGAAAAAAGAGCACUCAUCCAGAGUAAGAAAAAAGCAGUAAUUGACAAGCAGCACAAAGAUGUUAUGGAGAUGCUUAAGAAGCAACGCGAAAAUAACUAUAUGACACUGAAUGAAAUGACAAAAGAAUUUGAGAAAAGCCUCAGACAUGAUGACUUUACUUAUACGACUGAUCUCUGCACUACUGUGACAUGGAUUGAGACAAUGCUGGCAUCUUUAAAGCACCUUGAGAACAGCAAACACAAGUGCCACCAAAUUCAAUUUGAAAUAGCUGAAGUAUUAGCUGAAAUGAAAGGAACCUAG